CUCAAACAUAAGUUCUAGCCAUUAGAAUGGAAACGCAAGCCCAAAACUAUAAAAUUAGCCUAUUUAGAAACCCGGUUGUUAAACCUCUUUGGUUUCUACCCCUUUUGAAAUUAGGGUUCAGCAUUUCUCAAGACACUUGCUAAACCUCUUAGCUCCGUUCUCGACUAUCCUUCCUGUCCAGGGUUGAUCUUCAACUUGUAAAGAUGGUGCAGUAUAAUUUAAAGAAAAUUACUGUUGUUCCCAAUGGGAAAGAAAUGAUAGACAUUGUUCUAUCUCGGACACAACGACAAACCCCAACAGUUGUCCAUAAAGGUUAUGCAAUUUCUCGGCUUCGUCAGUUUUAUAUGAGAAAGGUGAAAUACACACAGCAGAAUUUUCAUGAAAAGCUGUCUGCUAUCAUUGAUGAGUUUCCAAGGCUUGAUGAUAUUCAUCCCUUUUAUGGUGAUCUCCUUCAUGUUCUGUAUAACAAGGAUCACUACAAGCUUGCCCUUGGCCAAAUUAAUACUGCUAGAAAUCUGAUUUCGAAGAUUUCUAAGGAUUAUGUUAAGUUGUUGAAGUACGGAGAUUCACUUUACAGAUGCAAGUGUCUUAAGGUUGCUGCUCUGGGUCGAAUGUGUACUGUGGUAAAGAGAAUCGGCCCUAGUUUGUCUUAUCUUGAGCAGGUUAGGCAACACAUGGCUAGGUUGCCUUCUAUUGACCCGAAUACAAGAACAAUAUUGAUCUGUGGUUACCCCAAUGUUGGGAAAAGUUCAUUCAUGAACAAGGUCACUAGAGCUGAUGUAGAUGUGCAGCCGUAUGCAUUUACAACAAAGUCUCUUUUUGUUGGUCAUACAGAUUACAAGUAUCUGAGGUAUCAAGUGAUAGACACCCCUGGGAUUCUGGACCGGCCAUUUGAAGAUCGGAAUAUCAUUGAGAUGUGUAGUAUUACUGCUCUUGCGCAUCUGCGUGCCGCAGUUCUCUUCUUCUUGGAUAUUUCUGGAUCAUGUGGGUAUACAAUUGCCCAACAAGCUGCUCUUUUUCAUAGUAUCAAGUCUCUUUUCAUGAAUAAGCCAUUGAUCAUAGUCUGCAAUAAGACUGAUUUGCAGCCAUUUGAUAGUAUUCCUGAAGAAGACAAGAAGUUGGUUAUGGAAAUGAAAGCUGAGGCUCUGAAAACAGUGGUAGGCCAGGGAGGGGAAGCAAGAGUACUUCUAACAAUGAGUACUUUGACUGAGGAAGGCGUUGUUGCGGUGAAGAAUGCAGCCUGUGAUAGGUUGUUAGAUCAAAGGGUGGAACUGAAGAUGAAGUCUAAGAAGAUUAAUGAUUGCUUAAACCGUUUUCAUGUAGCAAUGCCAAAACCUCGUGAUCAGAAGGAAAGGCCUGUUUGUAUUCCGCCUGGAGUUUUGGAAGCCAAGGCCAAGGAAGCACUGGAGAAGGCUGAGAAAGAAAAGAGGAAAACUGAAAGAGAUCUUGAAGAAGAGAAUGGUGGAGCAGGUGUAUACUCGGCUAGUUUGAAAAAACAUUACAUCUUAGCCAAUGAUGAAUGGAAAGAGGAUAUCAUGCCAGAAUUUCUUGAUGGGCACAAUGUUUAUGACUUUGUCGAUCCUGAUAUCUUGCAUAGGCUUGAAGAGCUGGAGAGAGAAGAAGGGCUUCGUCUUGCUGACGAAGCCGAGGAAGAAUUUGAGAUGGAUGGUGUCGAACUUACACCGGAAGAGAAAGAAGCAUUGGCAGCAAUCAGGAAAAAGAAAAGCUUGCUCAUUCAAGAACACAGGUUAAAGAAGAGUACCGCAGGGAAUAAUCCUAUUGUUCCUAGGAAAUUUGACAAGGAUAGGAAGUUUACAACUGAGAGAAUGGGGAGGCAGUUGUCCAAAUUGGGUCUAGAUCCUUCUGCAGCAAUAGAGAGGGCCCGCAGCAAAUCAAGGGGUCGGAAGAGACAAAGAUCACCUGAUAUGGGCGGAGAUGAGGAUACCAUGGAUAUGGAUAUCGAGCAAUCCAACAAGAAACAGCGUACUCUAUCUCGAUCAAGGUCUAGGUCAAAAUCACGGCCACCCACUGAAGUUAUCCCUGGAGAAGGAUUAAAGGACUCUGUCCAGAAAGGCAAGGCUAUCAAGCUGGCCAAGAAAUCUCUUAACAAGAGGAACAAGAGUGCACGUCGGGGAGAAGCUGAUAGAGUCAUCCCUAAUCUCAAACCUAAGCACUUGUUCUCUGGAAAGCGCUCCAAUGGUAAAACAGAUAGGCGUUGAGUCUUCUCAGUUGUCUCCUAAUGUUAUCCCAAUUUUGUUUUUUAUUUGGACUUUUGAUUGCUGUGCUUUAUUACUGUCAUUUGUCUUGAACAUGUACUACAAUUAUAUAGCUUUUGCUGCCGAGUGUUGCUUCAUAUA